CUGCUGAUCGGCCUCUGCACAGGAGAUCUGGCUGCAGCAUCACAGCAUAGCCAGUGCUUGUGAGAUUUAAAGUUCCAGCUCCUGGAGUCAGACAGCAGGCAGAGAUUCAGGCCGCGGUGCUGGGUUCGAACGCUGCUGCUAACUCAUGGAGGCGAUCACCUAUACAGCUGUGGACGCACACCAGAGCAUGAGGAAAACACCUGCUGGCCGGUCGCCGGGGAAACCGUCACGAGGGAGAGUCCGGAGUCGCUGCGGCUAGGAGCGAGCAGCCCAUGGUGCGCCAGGGCUGCUCAGCGUCCACAUCAGCGCCAGCUUCCUGGGGCACGUCUCCCGGGCCGGCUCAGUCCCAGCAGGCAGCGAAUCUGAGCUUUGAACUCUCCUCUGCCUGCCCAGCUGAUAAAGCAGCGGCUGGGAGAGCGUGGCGGAGUUGCAGACGGACAGGCAGGAGCACGGCCGGGGGACCAGGACACCGUGGCCGAUGGAGCCCCGGCUCGGCGGAGUGGACACUGCCCUGGGCGAGGCAGCAAAGCCCUGCCUGGCUGACCCUGCCGCCAGCUCCGGGAAACUCAAGAAGAGCAAGAAGAAGAUGCUGGAGCCGAAGAAGUGGCAGAGCCUGGAGGAGACGGGGAGCGAUGCCCCCCAGCCAAGGAGGCACCCCAGCCUCUCCAGAUCAAAGACCUAUGACCCAUCCUUCUCCAAAGAGAGCGAACAGGAGCUGACCCUGGGCAGGCAGAAGGCCACCUCGUCCUCUUUAGCCAAGCACCUGGCGAGCUACCAGAAGGCCUUCAAGGAGAUGCCUGAGGAGGAGUCCCUACUGGACAGUGUCUCCUGUGCCUGGCAAAGGGAAGUCCCCUAUCAUGGGCGCCUCUACAUCUCCCAGAACUACAUCUGCUUCCACUGCAGCAUGCUGCUCCGGGACAUCAAGGUGGUGAUCCCCGUCUCCUCCAUCGCCAUCCUCAAGAAGGCCAACACGGCGCUGCUGGUGCCCAACGCCCUCAGCAUUCGGACCGCGGAGGGUGAGAAGUUUCUCUUUGUCUCGAUGAGGACCCGGGAGGCCACGUACCAGCUGCUGCGAUCAAUCUGCAAACACCUGCAGGACAGGAGCACGAGCAGCAGCCCCCCGGCCUCGCCCGUCAACACCAGCUCCGAGCUCUGCAAGAAGUCUCUGACCUCGAGCCAGUCGGACCUGGAGCUGAACCCCCCCGAGUCUGAUGGCCUCCUGGACCAGCAAGACGGGCUGGGCCCAAAGCUGAGCAGAGAGGACGAGGGCGAGGAGACAGCAGCGCCGAGCCAAAGGGGGGCAUGGCCAGGCAGGCAGACGAAGAAGAAGCCCAGGGGCUGGUGGGCGCAACUGAGCACCCUCAACGUCGUCAUCCUCAUCUACCUGCUGCUGGUGGUGGUGCUGCUGCUGUCCUCGGGGUACAUCGGCCUGAGGAUCGUGGCACUGGAGCAGCAGCUGAUGUCAAUGGGGGCCUGGCCGGAGCUCGACCUACACCAAUACAAGACGACCUGAAAGCAGGGAGGAGUCAGGCUGCACUCAGCACCGGACCCUUGUGCCCGAAGGCCCAGGCUUGCUGCUGGCAGAUGCCGCCCCUGCCAACAGGCCGGAAUCCCGUGGCCACUCCUCAGCUCUCCCCCUCGUCCUGAGCUGCGUCUUGCCCUCAGCAGAGCUGGGGCUGAUUUUUAAGGCGACCAGGGGAGGGAAAUGAAGCGACAAGGCCUGGCCCAGGAACAGCUCCUGGCUGAUGAAAUGCAGACAGAGCAGUGCUGGUGCUGAUGCAGGGGAGAAGCUGAACUUCUCCUUCUGAGCGGUCGGGCACUUAAACCGUGUGCCUUAAAGAGCCCUGUGCUGCGUGUUAAUAGCCCACCAGCUUUCCCUUGGUGACCUGCAGAAGCCCCGGUGCAGCUGGCCCACUGCGCUCAGGAUUCCUGCUCAGCCGCAGGGUUUGCAACCUCAGCUGUAAUGGACGCAGGGCCUGACUGCAUUGAGCACGCAACUUUCACGCAAACUUCAGCUGAGGCAGCAAAACCUUGAUGGGCUCAUUCUAGCUGCCGCGUCCUUGUGCCAAGGAAAUGGGCGUUUUCAGCUUCCGCCCUCGGCCACUGGAGACCGUGAGACUAUUCAGCCGGGCCGGGCGGGGAGCAACGCUGCCUGGCUCUCACAGCAGCUGUGCAGGGGGAGCUGGCCUCCCGGGCCCAGAGGCAAGGCACAAGCCUCCUGCUGACCUCCCCCGGGUGUUUCACUCCUCCAGCACCGAGCAUCACCCCCUGCCACUGUCUGAGCCCCCCUGGGCUCGCGUGUGCUCAGGGCCCCUCCUGGCAGGGAGAUGUGCUGCCUGGGCUCCAGCGGGGCUCCCUGUGGCCACGGGCUGCUGUGGGAGGCAGCUGCUGUCAGCCUCCAGGGGCGCCAGCCAGGCCUGGAAUGCACCUCUGCCCGCCCAUGGGAGAUGGGGCUGCUAGGUCCCCUAAGGGUUUGCAGGUCCCCUAGCACCACUGGUUGCACUCCUGGGAAGACUGUGGCAGAGCUUAGGCUGCGGGUUCUGGUCAGUUACAGGCAGGGGACUGGGGGUCCGGGGCAGAGCACUGAACUGGUGGGUAUGGCCCCUGGCCCGUUCCUCCAGGAACCAAGCCCAGUACCCUGGUGCCCAGCCGGCUCCUAGAGAAGAACAAGGGCUCAGACCAACCCGCUGGCGCCAACCGCCCCAGGCUGGGGUGAAACUCCAGCUUGGCUUCAGGCCCUCUGCUCCAUGGACCGGACGAGCUGGCCUCUCCCCUGCUCUCCAUUUGGCUUAGUGCUGCAGGCCAGCACUCGGUGCCAGGGGAGAGUCUGGAGCAGCACCGCAGGGCCGUGCCCCAGGCUAGGCAAUGCCAGACGCUCGCCUGUGUCAUCACCCCCCGGGGCCGUGAGAGGGCGGGUAAAGGGCUGGGCUCUGUUAUCAAUAAAGACAAGCCAGCCAUG